AUGGAAAUGGAAAAAGAAGAGGAAGUUUAUGAAAACAUUUUAAAAGUUUUACCUUCGUUUAAGAUAUAUACUGAGUUGAAUAAGGAGGAAAAUGAUGGACAGUAUAAAAAUUUUUGUAAUAACUUUAAUUCUAUAGAAGAAAAAUACAAAGAUGAAUCUAUUAAACUUUGUAAAAAAGUUGCAAGAAAUUUAGGUAUUCUGUCUAAAGUAAGUAAUUUAAAAGAUUUCUAUAACCAUUGUUCAUAUUAUAAAUUCUGGAUAUAUCGAGAACUAUGGAAAAUUCUUAAUAGUAUGCAGAAUAAAGAUGUAGAUGUUUUAUCUGCUAAAUUUGGUAAUCUACAAAAGUCUCUAAGUGAUUAUUAUAACAUUCGUACUUGCAAUUAUAAAUUAGAUCAUAUAACAUUAGAAGAAUUGAAAGAAAAAAGUAAAGAGAAACAUUUGUAUGUAUAUUUCACAAAUUACGAGAACAUAAAAAGUAAAGAUAUUUGUAAUGAGGUCGAAUAUAGUAAAUAUAAAGAAUACCUUACUUCCAUCCUUAAUUUAUAUAACAUAAAAAAAAAGACUUGUUGUAAUUCUCGGAUAUCUGUGUGUCCAAAUUAUUUUUUGAAUUGUGAUGAAAAGUUAGAUCCGAGUAAAAUAUUAGAUGAAUUAAAUUCUAAAUAUAACAACUGUAAUGAUCUAAAAAGUAUUACAAUUGAGACCAUUGCUAAGGAAUCUGAUACGACGAUAUCUGAUCCUGAAUUUUUGAAUUCAAUUUAUUUUACUAAUUGUCCUUUUAAGGAUAAAGUGAACCAUUCUUCGUGUACAUUAAUUAGAGGAUACAUCAACCCCCCUAGUAGUGAAAUUGCAAAUGGUAAUAAUUCCCAUCAAGAGACACAUAUAAGUUCUAUUGUGGGAGCUGAUAUUUCAAGAUCUAGUACAUAUUCAGCAAAACUUCUAUCUGAAAAAAUUAGAAACAAAGGAGGUUAUAAUAUUCCAGAAGAACACGAUAAAUUGUCAUUGAAUCGAAGCACAGGUAAUGAAUUUAGAUGGAAUUUUGCAGAUGGAGGACUACAGUGUAAGUCUAAAUCAUCAGAGACAGAUAAAUAUGGGCUGUGUAAAUAUAUGGAGGAAUUGGUUGAAGAUGAAUUUUUUAUAAAAAGAGAAGAUUCUAUGGGUUACAAGUUUAAGAUGGGAGAAAAAUGGUCCCCCGAAGAAAUAAUAAGCUCAGUUAGGAAAAAGAGGCAGAAUAUAUCAGGAAGAACUGUACCAUUACAAUUAAGAGAUUUAAGAAGCGCACAAACUUUAAACCCUAGCAAAAUACUCAAUACUGGAAUUAUGAGUUCAUAUGGAGAAGCGUUUCCUGGAACAAAUACUGAAUCUAAUAUAUUGCAUAAUACUUUUUACCGUAUUUCUAUGGCAUUUGCUUUGGUGAUGGGAAUAAUAUUUAUCUUUUUCCUUUAUUUUAAAUUUACUCCCUUCGGAUCAUGUCUAGGUAAAACUAAAAAGAAGAAAAAAAGAUAUAGAACUAAUUUUGAUGAAUUAAAUACGCAAAGAAUACCAAGGAGAUUCAUAAAACGUACUUAUAGAAAUUCUAACAGGAGGAGAUUUAGUGUAGUAAAUAUAGAACAAUAA